AUGAUUGAUCUAACCCCACCAUUUGAAAGGUCCACUCAGAGUAUUUGGGACCCUACCCAAGAGUUUUAUGUGGGCUUGCUUUUUGCUGAUAAGGAUGAACUACAAGCUACUAUUAAACACUAUCACAUCAAGAGGAACCAAACAUUUUGUGUAAAAGAGUCAGAUCCAGCAUGUUGGUCUGUAAGAUGCAAACAUUGUUCUUGGUGUCUUCGAGCAUGCUUCCGGGCUACACAUGGGUUGUUUAAGGUUAGGAAAUACAAUGGUCUACACACAUGUACAGAGUCCACGCUCACACAAGAUCACGAGCAAUUAGACACCCAUGUUAUUGAGAAAGAGUUGAGGGAUGUUGUCAAAAAUGAUCCAACCAUAAAGAUUUCUUCACUUAAACAGACUUUUUACAAUAAGUACCAAUACCGGCCUUCUUAUUUUAAGGUGUGGGAGGAAAAAGAAAAGGCAAUUGGUAGAGCGUUUGGUGAUUGGGACAAAUCUUACCAAUUAUUGCCAAAAUGGUUGAAAGCUUUGACUGAUUCAAACUCGGGCAGUAGGGUUAUUUGGAGAACAAUACCUACUACUAUGCCAGGCUGUGCGAUAUUCAAGAGAGUGUUCUGGGCUUUUGGUCCAUCAAUUGAAGGUUUUCAACAUUGUAGGCCAGUGAUUAGUAUAGAUGGAACUUUCCUAUAUGGUAAGUAUAGAGGUAUGUUACAGAUUGCAUCAACAUGGGAUGGUGACAACGGACUUUUUCCACUUGCCUUUGCCAUUGUGGAGAAGGAAACUGAUGAUAGCUGCGAUAUGGACUAUAUGUCAAUCGACACGUUGGUAUCAUCGUUUUUGCCUUUGCCAUAUGGCUAG